AUGACCGAAAGUUUAUUUUACAAAAGAGCAGCGCUUUACUGGGCCAAUGUGCCAGCAACGGUCGACGGAGUACUCGGAGGCUUCGGUCAUAUUUCGGAAAUCGACCUCGAUGGAUCCAGGAAGUUCUUGGAUGAAAUAUUAGCUCUCAAAAACCCUCCAGACACAAAAUUAGCUCUGGAUUGUGGAGCAGGGAUAGGGAGAGUAACUAAGCACGUACUGCUGCCACGAUUUGAAAAAGUCGAUUUAGUUGAGCAAGAUGAAAAGUUUCUUACUAGCGCCAAAGACUACAUUGGCGAAGAUUAUGGGAAAAUAGAAUCGGUGUACAACUGCGGUCUUCAGAAUUUCAAACCGCAAAAAACGUACGAUCUCAUCUGGUGCCAGUGGGUAAGCGGGCAUUUAAAGGAUUACGACUUGAUUGAUUUCCUUGAGCGGUGCCGAAUAUCUCUGAAUAAACGUGGUAUGAUUAUCAUAAAAGAAAAUAUAGCAACAUCCAAAGAAUUAGAGUACGAUGAGGAUGACUCAUCUGUUACGCGACCUAUAGAGCUGCUGGAGAAACUAAUUCAGGAGGCUAAACUGAAAACGGUCAAGAAGGAUAUACAGAAAGGUUUUCCAGAUGAUAUUUAUCCAGUCCACACGCUCGCAUUAAUUGGUUUAGAAUAAUAAAUAGCUUAGAACUUUAAACCAUCGUAUUAUUGAGUGUCAGAAUGCAUUGCUAACAGGU